UUGUCUCUUGUUGCUAUGGAAACUAAAUUCACAACCACUUUCCUUACAAAUCGCGGGCGACAAUUCAAGAUGGUGGUCGAACAGCUUCUUUUUGAUUUUCCCGAAGUGGGUCUGGCUUUUGCUUAUGGCUCUGGCGUAUUUACUCAAAACGAUAAUGCCAAUACAAAAGACAAUAUGUUGGAUGUCGUUUUCGUUGUCGAGGAUUCUUUUAAGUGGCACAAAUCAAACCUCCGACUUAACAAAAGUCAUUACUCGAUAUUUGCACGUGUUUUUGGGCUUCGAAUGAUCAAUUGCUUUCAAAACGAUUUCAGUGCGAACAUAUAUUUUAAUACUUUAGUUCCUUGGAAUGGACGACUCGUAAAGUAUGGAGUCAUAAGCAAGCAAUAUUUGAUAGAAGAUCUUGUGGACUGGACAUCUCUCUAUGUUAGUGGACGGCUUCAUAAACCAGUGAAAUUCUUGAGUGUUUGUCCCACCGAUAUACAAUGUGCCUUGAACAAAAACUUACACCAUGCUAUACGAACUUCACUUCUUUGUCUUCCAGACCGUUUCUUAGAUGAAGAACUUUUCAUGCAAAUCACAAACUUAUCCUAUGGAGGGGAUUUUCGAAUGGUUAUUGGUGAAAACAAAAACAAAGUCUCUAAUAUUGUUAAACCUAACAUAGAGCAUUUUAGAAAACUAUAUUAUCCAUUAUUAAAUGAAUAUGAUAUUAAUAUUUGUAAUAACUUUAUACAUCAGAAUUGUGAUGCUGAGAAACGUUUUGAGCUCCUGCAAUCACUUCCUAAGAACCUGAAGGGACAAAUCAUAAAAUGGCAGAUGCCAGGGCUCAGACUACAUCCAUUGAAAAGUCCAUCCAAUGAAAUGCAAGAUGCAAUUUUGUACAGCUUGGCUCACAAUAAUAAAAAGACUUCAGAAUUAGCACUAAGGGGGGCAAGAUCAAUUGUGAGAUAUUCAAGCAUAUCACAAAGUUUGAAAGGAAUUAUUACAGCAGGGAUGUUAAAAUCUGUUGUAUAUUCCAGCAAAAAAGUUGGCAAAAUGUUUCGUGGAAUGCUUAAGUAAUACCAUAAACUAUAUG